UAUUUCCUGUUUUGUGUGAAAGAACAAAAGUUAUCAUUAUAAAUGUUUGUGUCGAUACUUAGAUCCGUUCAUUCUCUAUUUGAUCAAGGGGCAAUCUCAAAAUCUUAUUGAUGUGUUAAUGUUACAAUUCUAUAACUGACGUACUAAUUAUUGUUAUUUGUGUAAGUGACGCACGUGACAAACAUGAUAGAAUUUUGGAGAGCUCGAGAGGCAACCAAGUAACUUCGGUUUGGCGCAAUGACGGGUUCGCUUGCGAGCUGCAGUUGUCGGGGAUUUCCCCAUAUAAACUCCAUAGUCGCAAGCAGACAUGGCUGUUCCAAGCUGUCAAGCUGCACCGAGUCCUGAUGCUAGCCAGUGGGAUGCCGAGGUAGCAAGUGGUAUGGCCAUGGAUGCGGAAAUCAUGGAGUACAUGCCAGCUGCAAUGUCUUCUGGUAUGUUGCUGGCACCCCAUGAUCAACCCACCUACGGCCCCCACCUGCCUGGUUUAGAUGCUGGAAAUGUCCAUAACAAUAGUCCGAUCCCAACCAACUUCAUGGCAGGGGAUGGAGACAGCACGCAUCACACUGAUGUGAGAGAUUCCAAGGCCGUCCGUGGCGUGUGUGGUCUGCGAAACAUGGGUAAUACUUGCUUCAUGAACUCCGGUCUGCAGUGUCUGAUUCACAAUGGUCACUUGGUACAACAGCUGCCCCUGGUAGAUGAGUUGCUGCCAGCUACCUUGUCACGCAAAUUCCGCAGCCUGUCAGACAAGGCUUGGAGUGGAGAGUUCAGCUUGCUGCAUCCAGUAGAGUUUAAGGAGACGUUGGGGUUCAUGCAUGGACAGUUCCGUGACUUCAGACAGCAUGAUGGACAAGAAUUCCUAGCAUUACUUUUAGACACUUUGCAUGAAGAGCUUAACCAAGCAAAGACCAAAAAGAAAUCCCACUCCCCAUUUGACGACAUCUCGGAAAACUCAAGUGACUCUCAGUAUAUGUCUGAGGCAUCGACCUCGAAGCUUAGCGAGCUGGAAGCCUUAGAGAUUGACUCAGGCAAGGAGGAGCAAGUCUCAGGAAACCAGAAUAAUCGGCGCAGCAGUGACAAGGAGGUGGGGUCGGGAUCUGAGGAAAGCGCAGCAGGGGAAGACGUGAAAGUUCCCAGCAUCGAGGAGUUCUUCAAGAAGGACAUGAAGACACUGAACACCAACGUGAUGCAGGUUGAGGAAGCACCCUCCAACGUGGCUACUGGGAGUGAGAAGUACCCCAAGGCAGAGAACUCCAAGAAACCUCUGAAGACCCCAGCCAAGCAGCAGCGGUCCCCGCUAAGGAACCGGGUGGAGAAUGACUGUGAGAAGCUGAAUUCUCCCCCUAAGAACAAAAAGACCAACCUCCUGGCUGCCAAGAAGAACCUCAAGGGGAACUUGAAGAACGGCUCUGGGGAGGGUCUUAGCAACAGCGUCAAGUUUGUUGCAGAGACCGACAUCCAUGAGGGAGAAGACCCCAUCAAGAGGAUGAAGAUGGACUCCUGUAGCAAGACAGAACUUCUUCAUAGUCUGACCAAGGAUGGACUGACCUCCUCUUUCCACAACUAUGCUGUUCCCGAGCUGCUCAACAAGGACGGUUUCUUCCCAAUAGCAGACAGCAAAUUAACCAACAAGUUGAUGGAAUUGGAAGGGAAUGACGCCAGCCUGAAGCCAGUUGCAGAAGAAGAAUGCUACAACCAACUCAAACCCCAGGUGGGACUCAACAACCCCAAAGACAAGUGUCCCAACCUUCUGUACCCUGCCAAAAUUGAGGAGAGCCUAGCCAAGAGUUUGGCACGACACCGGGAUGAGAAACAUUGCACAGCACCACACACAACGACAAGUGAAGAGCACGAUUGCUGCUACAUCCCAAACAAUCAGCAGUUCCUGUCAGUGCAUCCGACUGCAUCUCGAAUUAAGAAAGAAGCGGCAAUGGAGGAUGGGGAUCUUGGCCGAGAGGAAGGUGAAGCCGAAUGGGAAGACUACACCAGAGCCAACCAGUCGCCCAUCAUGAACUUCCAAGGACAAUUCAAGAGCACGGUUGUGUGUGCUGUCUGUGGUCAUGUGUCCAUCAUCUAUGAACCCUUUAUGUAUCUCUCUGUGCCUCUACCACGUGCAAUGGAAAAACAACUAAUUAUAACGUUCAUUCCCAAGCAUGGCCAGACCCCGGGGCGAUACCUGGUGUCACUUAACAGACUAGACACGGUCAAAGAGCUCAGGAAAGCCAUGGUGAGGGUGGUGUAUGGGGAAGGACUUCCAGAGGAUAAGGAACUGGUCUUAGCAGAAGGACUGGAUCAUCACAUAUCAAGAUUUCUUGAAGAUGGAAUACAUUUGCGCUAUGUCAACGAUAGUUUUCGCUUACUGUAUGCAUUUGAGGUGUAUUCUAAAACUGUUUUGGAAGAAUCCUUGCACAUAACCUCAUUGCCAAAUGAAGCAGCUUCUAAUCGGUUUGCACAAGAUUUAGACAUGAGGACUGGAAAUGCAUCUGCCAUAUUUGAAAAUGUUGACACACAAAAGCAAGAAAGCGUUGAUCUGUGCGAGAAAAUUGACAGUGAUUACCUCCCAACGAGUGCAGAAAGUGCCUUUGAGGCCCCACAGGGUCCUUGGGACAUUGUCCUAGCACCCCCUCAGUACACUGAAAUGAAUAACGUCGGCAGCGGGAAGGCCACGGAUUUAGUGUCCAGUGCUGACUCUGCAGUUGCAUCCGCUACGGCAUCUCAGGACGUCUUCUCCAACAUGUCGUAUUUUGACCCCAACGAUCUGCCGUCAAUGGACACGCAAAGCAACCCACUGGUUCUUCCGCCGAAGCCGCGUGGUUCCAAUAGCAGCUUGCAGGGUAAUGUGGACCUCAACAGCCCCGAGGCUGUCUGGGGUCCCGUGCAUGAUGACGGAGUGCCCUGGAAUGAUGACGUGUUUGUCCCGGAGAAAAACACCGAAACUAGCGAUAGUGGAGUGGUAAUGAGCCAGUGGCAUUCGUGUGCAAUCUGUCUUGAGGAGUAUCCAGAACAUCAAUUACUAACACAUAAAGCAUGUGGUGGAGUCUUAUGUCAUGCAUGCAUGGAGAGAGCGGUUAAGCAUUAUGGUCAGCAGGCAGUCGACUGUCCGGUGUGCAGAAAGGAGAUUGACCCGUCACAAGACUAUGUAGUCAUGCAGACGUCACUGACAGCCCGUCCAGCCAAACGAGUCCUCUUAUUGCCUGUCCUUUUUCGGAAUGACACAACGGUGGACGGAGAAACAAAGGGGGAGCUGUUUGCUUAUCCCAAUGCAAUCCACACCCACAACGAAGUCAGUGGUGAAAGUCUGUUUAAUGAAAUUGACAGCAUGUUGCCAGUACGCUCAGCAUUCACCAUCGUACUUACUGAUGGAAGGGGCACCCAGUGUUCCCGCUGUGUCUAUAGCAUCCACUGUCGGGGUUGCCAGUUGGUUCGAGAGGUGGACAUCACCCUCCAUUCAGAUGACCACCUGACUGUGGUUUACCAGAAUCUACCCACCGAGGUAAUGGAAUCUGCCAGCCGUGCCUAUGAUGACAGGUCACUAGGGGAGCUGGCUGGGAAUGAUCCAUUGACUCUGAGGGAGUGCUUUAAGGCAUUCACUGAAAGUGAAGAUUUGGAUGAGCAUAAUCCUUGGUUCUGUCCUAAAUGUUGCAAGCCACAGUGUGCCAGGAAGACCAUAGCUGUCUGCCGAUACCCAGACACUUUAAUAGUAUACCUGAAAAGGUUUGUCUAUCAUCAAUUUACCAGCACCAAACUAGAGAACAAGGUCUUGUUCCCUGUGGAAGGGCUAGACAUGACAGACUUCCUGUGUCCUGACGUCUCCAUUCAGGAGCUUAAUCUCAUGUAUAAUCUCCAGAGCUGUGUCUGCCACUUUGGAGGUGUUAAUGCAGGUCAUUACACCUGUUACGUCCGCAACCCUUUGACCAAUCAGUGGCAGUACUGUAAUGAUGAAACCAUCAGUCAGCAGGAACCUUCAGACAACGAUGCCAGCAGUGUAUAUAUUCUCUUCUAUCAGAGGAGAGGGCUUAAUACUGAGUUUAUCCCACCAGUUGGGUAUGAGUUCAGUCCCCCCACCCCUCCGCCCCCACCCCCUGCAUCACCCCCAUCAGGGGAAGUGGAGCAGUCCUGUGACCCAGCAGACAGGAAAUCAUUUCAAUCUGAUGUCAAGCACUUCUCGGAAUUGCACAAAGAAGAGGAACGUGCAGAUGGUGAGAGCGAAUUGGCAGUGGGAAGCACCGAUCUCGAUUGAAGUUGAACUACACGGCAAAAUUGCAGAAACUAUUUGAUGGACAAGUUGAUUGCAUUGCGUAUUUCUCUGCGUCUUAGGGUUAUCUAGGUGAAGAAUAUUCCAGUAUAUUAAUGGGAUAAUAAUGGUAUACCGCCCGCACUGCACAAUAUCAGGUGGAUAUAUAUGCGCAUAUAACAGUCAUCACUAUUAUUACAUAGAGUCAUGUCCGUUUCUACUUCUUUAAAGUUUUUGAAAUUUCUGUAGGGACCAAUUAUGGAAAGCAUUUUGAUAUCAUUGAAGUUCUGUUGGCUGGAAGUCAGUCAAUCCAGGCUCUGGUGUUGCCAUUGGAAACCAGAAGACAUUUAUAAGAAUGUUGCUUACAAUUGCAAGCUCAGACCACAGGGGAGAAAAAUGAUCAGUUUUUAUUUUAGUUCCUGUAAAUGAACUUUCCUUGCUUGAAUCACAUUUAAAUUCGUGAGAAAAAUGUGCAACGAUGGCUGCGUACCUGGGUCAUUCCAUGAGGUUGGGGCACAAUGUGUAACGGUGUCCAUUCUUAUGUGGGUUCCAUAAAAAUGAAAGUUAACCAUGCAACAAGGACACCAUUUCAAAUUGUGCCCCAAUCUCAUGGAAUGACCCACCUAAGUGUACCCGUAAUGCAGUGCUUCAAAGGGUGCUAAUUGUUGAUGACAGUCUAAUCAGGCUUCGAGUAAAUCAGACAAUCCAAACCUGACACUUGACAAAUAGCUUACCAAGUCUUGUACAUUGUUAUCUUUUGUUACCUGUCACAGCCGUGGAAAAUUGACAUAUAAUGUGUACAUGAACUUUGACAUCCAAGUAACACUCUCUUUGUUUUUUUUCCCCUGGUGUGUCUGUAAUCUCUUUUUUACGGUAUUACGCCUUUUUCCUGUUUUUUUUAGUUUACCUUUCCAUCCUAUUGCCUUUCUCAUGACCUCUGUUGCAGUUAAUUUGUGUACACUCAGCAGUCAUUUUGUGUGAAGGCAGCGCAGCUUGCGUGUCCUGGCAAUUUGCCAAGAAUUCAUGGACCUGCCAGCAAUGGCCAGUCAGCCAUUUGUCCAACCCACACUUUGCCUUGAUCUUUGAGAAACCAAUGUGGCAUAUACCUUCACUUCUAAAGUGGCUCCUGUCCCCUUAAAAACCACACCUUUAGUGGAGAAAAUUGUGACCAAUCUCUCUUUACUAUUAGACUGCAUAGCACCCUUGUCUGUUCCUGCACACCUCCUAUGGAAUAUGAAGUGUAGUUAGUUUUAGGGGCAUUUCUCAUGUUUGUCUGGAAAUCUGAGUCCAAAAUAUUCAGCUUAUAUAUUCAGCAUAUAUGCAAGGAGGAUAAGAAACGAAUCUCCUUUUUUUCACAUCUACAGGUAGUGGUGCAUUUAUUAUAUAAUCUAAAAAUCUGUGAUUUUGGUUAAAAAAAGAACCAGAGUUUCUACACACAUGUACAUGUGAACCUGUAAGUUUUGCUUUGAAGUACUCGGGGAUAUUUGCUAUUUGUGAGCCUGUCAACCUUGAAGGGAUAAUUCUUUGAUGUGUUUCCUUUUACGUGUACAUGAAAAACUGUUGUAUGUCUGUCUAGAAAUCCAAGUGAUGGUUAUGUUGUUGGUUAUUGUGAUAUUUCAAGUCACCAAUGCACAGUUUGUCUUCGUUCAGAUCAGCCAGAGAACCCAUCUGUUAAGUAAUUCCCUUUGGCUAUCAGAAAGUGACUGUAGAGAUGAGAAGAGACAAUUAAUGUGGAUCAGCCGCUGAAUCAAUCAUUCUGAGUUUGAUGAAUUCCAAUAGGACUUUAACCCUGAGUAGUUGAAACCGUGCAUUUUCACUGCAGUAUUUCUCUACUCUUGAAGGAAUGAAAGCAGUAAGUUAAAAGAAAAUAGUACAUGAAAAAGUCACUUGUCUGAAGACAAUGCGAUACACUUGACCUUCAGGAAUGAAAGGGGUCAAGUUGUUAGACCAUAACUUGACUAAGUUACUGUUAAAUCUUUCCAGUUGAGGAAAACCCCUGGAAAAAUCCCACGGUGGUAGGCAUACUUGUAAUUGGUAGCUGCAUGCAAAUGACGCGUAAUAGUUUUACCUAUCUAAGCGUUUGAGAAAUUGAGUUUACCAAGAUUGGUAACACACUGUACACAGAGUGUGAUGUAAUUUGGCAUUUCCUCUUUCUUGAGGCGUACGAGUCAGUGUGCCUUUCUAAUCACUUGACCACGGGAUUAAAUUUUUUUUGCCAGAAAAUUCCAGACUAAAAGGACGACCGUUUGAGGUGUGACGGAACCCUCGUGGGGCUCUUGUACAAAAUGUUUCUACCGUGACACAUUGUGUCAUCCUAUUUAUUGAUUUUUUUUUCAAUGUACAGAAAUAAACCAUGUCUGAAGGAG